CACAGAGCAGAUUUAAAUCCUGUAGGGCAAUUCGGUCUCCUGCAGAGCACAGCAGUUCAUCUGAGAGGUGGACUUAGACACAUUAGGUACAGUUGCACAGAGUGUGGACGACUAUCCUCAAGUAAUGUCUCCUUCUAAGGAGUCAGAUGAGCUUAUUUUCUUUGUGAAUGGAAAAAAGGUCACCGAGAGGAAUGCAGACCCUGAGGUUAAUUUAUUGUUCUACUUGAGAAAAGUCAUCCGACUCACAGGGACAAAGUAUGGCUGUGGAGGAGGUGACUGUGGCGCCUGCACAGUGAUGAUCUCAAGAUACGACCCCAUCUCCAAAAGGAUCAGGUACCUGCCCUCACCAGCAGGCUUGAGGCUGACUCCAGCCCUGACUUCCACAGGACUUACUCCUGGCACACUGGGGCAGCGUUUCAUUCUACAGAGGAACCUAAAAUAAACAACCUAUAAGUUACCACCUGGAGACUGUGGCAUAGAGUCCUAGCAAUGUUGGCACUACAUUUUACAAAUGAUGGAAACUGGGGUUCUAUGGGACUUUGUACGUUCACCAUAGCCAGAGAACUAGUGAGCCCCAAGUCCACUGGUCUGUAAAGCGAGAUUCUUUGUAUGAGUGCCACUCCAAGAGAGCUGUGAAAGGGCUUCUUUCUUCCACCUGCUAAACGACUCUUUCCCUAAGCACAGAGGACCAGUCAUUUCUCUGCCACUGCCUGCCUGGUUCCCAUCUGCUCUCUCCAUGGGGCUGCUGUCACUACAGUAGAAGGCAUAGGAAGCACCAAAACCAGGAUACACCCUGUCCAGGAAAGGAUUGCCAAAGGCCAUGGUACCCAGUGUGGGUUCUGCACUCCCGGGAUGGUGAUGAGCAUCUAUACUCUCCUGAGGAACCACCCAGAGCCCUCCACAGAACAGAUAAUGGAAACCCUGGGCGGGAAUCUAUGCCGCUGCACUGGAUACAGGCCCAUUGUGGAGAGUGCGAAAAGUUUCUGCCCGAGUUCAACUUGCUGCCAGAUGAAUGGGGAAGGGAAAUGUUGCUUGGAUGAAGAAAAAAACGAGCCUGAGAGAAAAAACAGUGUUUGCACCAAGUUGUAUGAAAAAAAAGAAUUUCAGCCCUUGGAUCCAACUCAGGAGCUUAUAUUUCCACCUGAGCUGAUGAGGAUGGCCGAGGAGUCCCAAAAUACAGUUCUGACUUUUCGUGGGGAAAGGACUACCUGGAUUGCCCCAGGAACCCUAAAUGACCUUCUGGAACUGAAAAUGAAGCAUCCCAGCGCUCCACUUGUGAUUGGCAACACCUAUCUGGGGCUUCAUAUGAAGUUCACAGACGUAUCUUAUCCAAUUAUCAUCUCUCCUGCAAGGAUCUUAGAAUUAUUUGUGGUGACUAAUACAAAGCAAGGGCUGACACUGGGCGCAGGCCUCAGCCUGACCCAGGUGAAGAACGUCUUGUCUGACGUGGUCUCCAGACUCCCUAAGGAGAAGACGCAGAUAUACUGUGCUCUCCUGAAGCAGCUGAAGACCCUGGCUGGGCAGCAGAUCAGGAAUGUGGCCUCCUUAGGUGGUCAUAUUAUCAGUAGACUGCCGACCUCUGACCUCAACCCUAUUUUGGGCAUAGGCAAUUGCAUCCUCAAUGUUGCCUCAACAGAAGGAAUACAGCAAAUCCCUCUGAAUGAUCAUUUUCUCGCUGGAGUUCCAGAUGCAAUCCUGAAGCCAGAGCAAGUGCUCAUCUCCGUUUUUGUGCCACGCUCCAGCAAGUGGGAGUUUGUAUCAGCCUUCAGACAGGCCCCUCGUCAGCAAAACGCGUUUGCAACAGUGAAUGCUGGAAUGAAAGUCGUUUUCAAGGAGGACACAAACACCAUUACAGACUUGGGGAUCUUAUAUGGAGGGAUUGGUGCCACCGUAAUCAGCGCAGAUAAGUCCUGCCGGCAGCUGAUUGGAAGGUGCUGGGAUGAAGAAAUGCUGGAUGAUGCUGGCAAGAUGAUUUGUGAGGAAGUCUCCCUCCUGAUGGCAGCCCCUGGAGGGAUGGAGGAAUACCGAAAGACUCUUGCCAUCAGUUUCCUCUUCAUGUUUUACUUAGACGUGUUGAAGCAGUUAAAGACGAGGGACCCCCACAAGUACCCUGACAUCUCACAGAAACUCCUACACAUUCUGGAAGACUUCCCUUUAACCAUGCCUUAUGGGAUGCAGUCAUUUCAGGAUGUAGACUUCCAACAGCCUCUGCAAGACCCAAUCGGACGUCCCAUCAUGCAUCAGUCUGGCAUUAAACACGCCACAGGAGAGGCAGUAUUUUGUGAUGAUAUGUCUGUGUUGCCUGGGGAACUCUUCUUGGCAGUGGUAACCAGCAGCAAGUCACAUGCUAAAAUCAUCUCUCUUGAUGCCUCCGAGGCCUUGGCGUCACUUGGUGUGGUUGAUGUGGUAACAGCUCGAGAUGUGCCUGGUGACAAUGGCAGAGAAGAGGAAAGCCUAUAUGCACAGGAUGAGGUGAUCUGCGUGGGUCAAAUUGUGUGUGCUGUGGCCGCUGACUCUUAUGCUCAUGCCCAGCAGGCCGCAAAAAAAGUGAAGAUUGUCUAUCAAGACAUAGAGCCCAUGAUUGUGACAGUGCAGGAUGCACUGCAAUAUGAAUCAUUCAUUGGACCUGAAAGAAAACUAGAACAAGGAAAUGUUGAGGAAGCAUUUCAAUGUGCCGAUCAAAUCCUCGAAGGGGAGGUGCACUUGGGAGGCCAGGAGCAUUUUUACAUGGAGACUCAAAGCGUACGUGUGGUCCCCAAGGGAGAGGAUAAGGAGAUGGACAUCUAUGUGUCAAGCCAGGAUGCUGCAUUUACACAGGAAAUGGUGGCUCGCACCUUGGGCAUCCCAAAGAAUAGGAUCAACUGCCAUGUGAAAAGGGUUGGUGGAGCCUUCGGAGGGAAAGCAAGCAAGCCUGGGCUCCUGGCAUCCGUGGCAGCUGUAGCCGCACAGAAGACCGGCCGCCCAAUACGUUUCAUUCUAGAGCGUAGGGAUGACAUGUUGAUAACUGGAGGACGUCACCCACUACUCGGGAAAUACAAGAUUGGCUUCAUGAACAAUGGGAAAAUCAAGGCGGCAGACAUCCAGCUUUAUAUCAAUGGAGGCUGCACCCCAGAUGAUUCUGAACUGGUGAUAGAAUAUGCUUUGCUCAAACUGGAAAAUGCUUACAAGAUCCCCAACCUCCGUGUCCGAGGUCGAGUCUGUAAGACCAACUUGCCUUCCAAUACAGCGUUUCGAGGAUUUGGCUUUCCCCAGGGGGCAUUUGUAACAGAAACCUGUAUGUCCGCUGUGGCAGCCAAAUGCCGCUUACCACCAGAGAAGGUUCGAGAGCUAAACAUGUACAGAACAAUCGAUAGGACAAUUCACAACCAAGAGUUUGACCCAACGAAUCUGCUACAGUGCUGGGAGGCAUGUGUGGAAAAUUCUUCCUACUAUAACAGGAAAAAAGCUGUGGAUGAAUUUAACCAACAGAGAUUUUGGAAGAAGAGAGGAAUUGCCAUCAUCCCCAUGAAAUUCUCAGUUGGAUUUCCAAAGACAUUUUAUUAUCAGGCUGCCGCUUUGGUCCAGAUCUACACAGAUGGGUCUGUACUAGUUGCUCAUGGUGGUGUUGAACUGGGACAAGGUAUUAACACCAAAAUGAUACAGGUGGCCAGCCGUGAAUUAAAGAUACCUAUGUCUUAUAUACACCUGGAUGAGAUGAGCACUGUGACCGUCCCCAACACGGUUACCACUGGAGCAUCCACCGGUGCCGAUGUCAACGGGAGAGCUGUUCAGAAUGCCUGUCAGAUCCUUAUGAAGCGUCUGGAACCCAUCAUCAAGCAGAAUCCUAGUGGUACCUGGGAAGAAUGGGUUAAGGAAGCUUUUGUUCAAAGCAUUAGCCUCUCGGCCACUGGAUAUUUUAGGGGUUACCAAGCUGACAUGGACUGGGAGAAGGGAGAAGGUGACAUUUUUCCCUAUUUUGUUUUUGGAGCUGCCUGUUCUGAGGUUGAAAUUGAUUGUCUGACGGGAGCUCACAAGAACAUUAGAACCGACAUUGUUAUGGAUGGAUCAUUCAGUAUAAAUCCUGCUGUGGACAUAGGCCAGAUUGAAGGGGCAUUUGUUCAAGGUCUUGGACUGUAUACUCUAGAGGAACUGAAAUAUUCACCUGAAGGAGUCCUAUACACUCGUGGUCCACACCAGUACAAAAUAGCAUCAGUUACCGACAUCCCAGAAGAAUUCCAUGUAUCACUGUUGACACCAACCCCAAACCCAAAAGCCAUCUACUCUUCUAAGGGCCUUGGCGAAGCUGGAACGUUUCUGGGCUGUUCUGUGUUCUUCGCUAUUGCCGCGGCCGUGGCUGCAGCUCGAGAGGAGAGAGGCUUGUCCCCAAUUUGGGCCAUAAACAGCCCUGCCACAGCAGAAGUGAUCCGCAUGGCCUGUGAGGACCAGUUCACGAACCUGGUUCCACAAACGGAUUCUAAAUGCUGUAAGCCGUGGUCCAUCCCAGUUGCCUAGUGCUUGGGGUUCCAGCACAAAAGCAGAUGGACUUAAAACUUCCACAGGUCACAAAUAUAAAUAUCUAUAUCUAAAAUAUGUAGAAAAUUAGAGGCAAUUCUUAAAUUUUCAUAUUUACAAAAUAUUGUAAUCUUUAAUCACAUGCACUAUAAGCAACGAUGUUUACGGAGCUUCAGCCAAAGGUCAUGUUUAAUUCAAUAUAUUAAACGGAAUUUUCCACUGUGUGAAGAAUUUCUGUGCUGAGUCUACAGAGAAAAUGAACAUCUAUUCUCCACUAUAUGUUCCUAUUCUGAAAAAGAAAUAAACAUAAAAAAGAGAAAUAGCCAGGCAGUGGUGGUGCGUGCCUGUAAUCCGAGCACUUGAGAGGCAGAGGCAGGCAAGGAUUUAUGAGUUCAAGGCCAGCCUGGUCUACAGAGUGAGUUCCAGGACAGCCAAGACUGCACAGAGAAACUCUGUCUCAAAAAAACAAACCAACAACAAAAACAAAAAAGCAAAAAAAAACAGAGAAAUGAACAGGAUUCUGUGAUUGUUUACCUAUAGUUUUUGAAGUUCCAGCAUUAUAAUGCUGUGUGUAAAAUGACUUGCUAAUCAUUCUAUAUUAAAUGUAGAGUUUUGGAGUAGAGAGUCUGCAGCACAAGUUUGUUGGAAAGUCCCUUGAUUUUUUUUUUCUAAGACUCUGUUUCCGAAGAUUCAUUGAGAUGCUACACAUGGCAGAGUUGCCUCUAAGAUGACCCGUCAGAGGGCAAUUUGGGGAAACUGAGGAAGCAGCUUUAGGAUGUCAAAGCAGCGGUGGCAUAUGGCCUCCCCUAACAAACGCUAGUUGAAACGAAAGCAGCCAGAUAACUGGAACCACUGUGCCUAUCAGUCAGGUUCAGAAGCACUUACUAUUUUGAUAUUCACAUCAUAUUCAAAGUUGUCCAAUCUGAAAUAUUCUAGCAUGUGCAUAAUACUCAGCUUAGACUUCACUAUGUAGUUUUUAUGGAUAUGUAAGCUUUUGUGGCAGAGACUUUCAAUGAACUGAUUUUGCACAUGGCAUUGCCUUCAGUCCAACCCAGUAACUCCUAUCUGAGCCCCAACUCUUUCCAUUUUGGGAUACUUCUGCUUCCUACAGACAUCAUCGCCAGCUCGGGGGCAGCCCAUAUGAGGAUCAAGUAAAAAAGCAGUCAGUUUGCACACAGCACAGUAAUUGUUCUCACUCCUACCUUCAUUUGAAUUUUCUCACUUCUUAAUCAGAAUUAUUAGGUAUUUAUACACAAUUCUUAAAUGCACAAAGAAAUACUGGCUUUGUUGCUUGACAUUUUAGCUUUAUUAUUUUCUAAAGAGGUUUUGCUUUGUCUUCAAGACAUAUACAUUCCUGAUUUCUCUCUUGAUACAUUUUUUCCUCUUCUUUUUGACACAAAUGGAUGGUUUUCUUUUUUUAAGUCAUUAGGGUUUAAUAAAAAUAGUUAAAAUUAUUGUGUUUCAGGGGCCAGAGAGAUGGUUCAGUGGUUAAGAUUACCGUCUGCUCUGGCAAAGAACCCAGACUCCAUUCUCAACACCCAAAUGGUAGUUACAGUCACCUGUAACUCCCAUUUCAGUGGAUCUAAUGCCUUCUUCUGGACUCUGAGGGCAUUGUGCACAAAUAGCACAAAUAUAUACAUGCAGAUAAACACACUCAUACAUAAAAUAAAAAUAGACAAACCAAAAAUUAACUUAAAAACUAUUUAAUUCACCCAGAAUAUGACAAUAGUUGAAUUUUGCAGAAUUCUGAAGUGGGCUUUUUAUCAUCUUAUCUUUGAUUGGUUGGUUGGUUUUGACACGGAAUCUUAGCUGGUUAGCCCAAACGAGCCUUGAACUCAAAAUCAUUCUUCCUAGUCCUCCUGGGGGCUGGGAUCACAGGCAUGCACCAUCAAGCCUAACUGUGUCAAUGAUUUCUCUAUAAACCUUAUGUUCUGUUUUCAUUCCUGUUCUGAAUCUAAAUAUGUAGACAUUUUAUUCUAAAACAUAUCUAUGGCUUUA